UCUGAGCGGAGCAUGCCCACUGUUGCACGCAUUAUUUACUUCCGGUAGAUAUUUAUUUCGCUAGCCAGCAGGUUCGCUACUCUAAUAAAAUGCAGCAACGGGAAGAAAAAUUGCUGGACGCAUCCGUGGAAUCGCUUAUUUCCCGCGUAGCUCAUCUAAAAAACGCUCUUCACAGUUUCAUCUACAAGUUGGAAAACGAGUAUGAACGACUGACAUGGCCCUCUGUGUUGGACAACUUUGCCCUCUUGUCCGGUCAGUUGAACACCAUCAAUAAACUGUUGCGGAAUGAGAAGACACCAUCUUUCCGUCAGCAGAUCAUCAUCCCCCUGCUGUUGUCUCCAGACAGGGAUGAAGAACUAGCUAAACUGACCGAGCAACGCGUGCCUGUUUUCAGCCAUGAGAUUGUGCCGGAUCACCUGCGCACCAAGCCUGAUCCUGAGGUGGAGGAGCAGGAGAAACAGCUGAGUGCGGAAGCUGCCCGGAUAGGACCUGAGGUGGCACAGAAACAAAUCCAGACACUGAACAAACUCUGUUCAAAUCUACUGGAGAAACUGAACAAUCCUCGCGAUGACAGGGAUGCAGACAGUGCAGCUAUACGGCAAAACAAACCCUCUUUCAACCCUGCUGACACCAAUGCACUGGUGGCAGCGGUGGGAUUUGGGAAGGGGCUUUCGAAGUGCAGGCCCCCUGGUCCUGUGGCCCCUGGACACACAGGACAAGGGCCCAUGAUGAGUGGAGGUCCCACCUUACAGCAGGUCACCAUCGGUGGGGGUUCAGGCCAGCAGCAAGGCAUGGGGCCUGGUGCUCCUCAGCAGCAAGGACAGCCAGGGAAAAUGCCAUGCAACAUCAAGACAAACAUCAAGGCUGCCUCCUCAAUGCAUCCUUACAACCGAUAAGAUUCUAUCUCAUACUGAUAGGAAGCCUACAGAGUGAGCCAUGUAAAGUAAUGCAAGUAUUCAUAUGAUAUAUGUAUGCUAUCUUUUGAUUAAAUACAUACUUUUUCGAAGUAUCAUACUGUGAAAGUGCAGAA